AAUGAAGUUAUUCUUCUUUUACUUUUAUUUACGCUGCAAGUUCAUCAUUUCAGAGUUGAAGAACUUAUUUUACAUUAACAUGACCCACUAUGCCCUUGACUAUUUGGCAAGGGCAGGAUGAUAACACGUUGUGUCCUGGACUGGAUGGUGUUUACUAGAGAGAGAGGAAAAGGUCUUCUGUUACUGCUGUUGUGAAGAUAAGAAGCGUGAGCCAUUCCGAGCUAAGCCAUCAUCAUAUUUGCACAAGAGAACUGGGUCACACUGGCAGUUUUGCAAUCAUGCAGGUCUAAAGACUAGAAGACCCAAAAGACAAAACGAUCAUGUCAUCAAGUCAAGGCUGGUUCUCCUGGCGCUCAGUCAGCUGCAGCUGCCCUGCACAGGAAUGUAUGCUGUAGUUUCAGGCUCAAGAGCCGGUUCUGCAGCUCCCCUUGUUCCAGACUAACUGGUCCGCCAGGUGCGGAGUCAUACUUGUUGCAUAAAUCACUGUUGUCUAGUUGAGCCAGGAGCACCGAUGACGAUAAGAUCCACCUGCAAAAACCCUAAUAGUUGUUCCACGUGACUGCUGCUAGACAACCUUUAUCCGUCUCGUUUCCAGAUCGAGGAGAAGAGAUGAGCGCCAGAUUCUUCCGAGUGAGACCACAUUGGAUCCGGGUUCUGUCUUAGUGCCACACAGAAGAUGUCCAAACCCCGGCUGACGCCGUCCGCUCUGAUCAUGGACAUCAAGCUGGCCGACGCUCAGCGCCGUUCCAAAUUCAACGGUGCACUGGAACGGAGCACCAGGCCUGGCAUUUCCAGACAAUGGUGGUGAACCCAGUAAGCCACUUCGAGAUAAAACCAAGACAUGAUCCACUGGACUACUCUGGCACACGGAUUGGGAGCUAUGAGCCAGCAGACAACCCUUUGUACCACCCAGCAGGUUGUGUCCCCACCCCUGUCAUCAUAGCCAAGAAGAUAGCUGAGAACCAGGCAGGAGACACAGACCAUUCCUCUUCACUCCACAUUCACCGAGGCCUGGAGGGUGAAAGACCACCAGACUCCCCCACAAAGAUGGGUCCUCCUACCUCCGCCAAGCCAAACAGAUACCCUGCUAACAUCAGUAUGAUCCUUGGCAAAACCCUCCAGAAUCAGUCCAUCGCCAAUGUCAACUUUCACGAUAGGCGAGCGCAGGUCUUGGCAAAUCUGACUGGAGCACCGGCGCAGGAAGAUUCUAAAACCAAUCUAGAGAAGAUGGCUUACAACUUGCCCACCCGCAGCAUUUCUUUCAGGGACCCCACACCAGAUAAGUCCAGGCUGGAAGCACUGUCUAAACUGGGCCUGGACAGGAAUGGAGCUGUGUCAGGUAAAAUGUCAGUGCUAGAUUCUCCCAGCAGUACCACACAGAAUCCUAUUGCGAAGGCAGAGACCAGUAGCAUUUUCAAUUCUGUGCAACCAAGUGGUGUCCCGAAAGAAAGCAGCCCCCGUAUGACAGAUUUCAAGACCACAGCACCACCAAGUACCAGUGUCUCUUCUGCACAACCCAGCGUUCUCCUAAAAGAGAGCAGUCCCCUUGAGCCAAAGUCCAAGACCACGACAUCACUAAGUACCGUUGUCAGUUCUAUGCAACCCAGUGUUCUCCUGAAAGAGGGCAGCUCCUCUGUGCCAGAGUCCAAGACCACAAUACCACCAAUCCCAACUUACGUCAGCAGAGAAGCAGUGAAGCUUCCAUUUGAGCUUCCUAGGAGCUUUCCCGGUAUGCCUCCACUGAGCCCACUGACUUUGGAAAAGGAUGAACCUGAACUUCCUCCAGCAGAGGUGCAAUUGAACAACUUUGGAGGCAAAUCCAUCGUGGUCACUGCAGUUCACCCAAAGAACGACGAUGUGAGUCCUUUAGUAAGCCAAGAAGCCAAAGUCUUUCCCACCGCGAUGGUCAACCCCAGCGAGUUCAACAGCUAUGGAGGUAAAUCCAAAGUCCUGUCUCCUGCUCCGGGGGCCAUGACCAGGAGCGACCUUCCUGACAUUGUCAUCGAUGUCAAUCGCCCCUUCCUCAGCCCCAAUCCCAAUGUGCUCAACAGUUACGAAGGAAACAGUCCAACCAUCAAUUCUCCAAGAGCCCUAGAGCGGUCUAUGAACGGCCCAAUGAGGUCUUUCCAAGACUUACCUCAAGUUCCACUCAACAGUUAUGGAGGCAAUAGUCAGACCAAUAAUUCUUCAAGAGCCUCACAGUGGUCUUUGGAUGACCCGACGAUGUCUGUUAAAGACCUACCUCCACCUCAACUCAACAGUUUUGGAGGCAAGAGUCAGACCAUCAACCCUUCACAGCGAUCCUUGGACGGCCCUACGAGGUAUUUCAAAGACCUAUCUCAAGCUCCACUCAACAGUUCUGGAGAGAAUAGUCUGACCAACAACUCUUCAAGAGCCUCACAGCAGUCUUUGGAUGGCCCGAUGAUGUCUGUCAAAGACCUACCUCCACCUCAACUCAACAGUUUUGGAGGCAAGAGUCAGACCAUCAAUCCUUCACAACGAUCCUUAGACGACCCUACGAGGUCUUUCAAAGACCCACCUCCAGCUAAACUCAACAGUUUUGGAGGCAAUAGUCCGACCAAUAACACUUCAAGAGACUCACAGUGGUCUUUGGAUGGCCCAACGAUGUCUGUGAAAGACCUACCUCCGGCUCAACUCAACAGUUUCGGAGGCAAGAGUCAGACUAUCAACCCUUCACAGAGAUCCUUGGACGGCCCUACGAGGCAUUUCAAAGGCCCACCUCCAACCCCUGCACCAAGAAAUCCUCUUAAGUCGUAUCACCAUGUGGGCGCUGCAACCCCAACCAGAGCCUUGUCGCCCUCCGAUUACAGGAAAACACCCAAUGUUGCGUUUCGACCUCAAGGUAUCACUGUUCAGUUUUCCGGACGUGGGGCUGGAGAGGAAUCUCGCAACGAGGCUCUGAGGAAACUCGGGUUGCUGAAACAAUCGUGAUGGACUUGAUGGAAGGUUUCCAUGUUUGACUGAGAGCUAGGGCGUGUCUAAGGAAACCUACUGAGACGAGAGGACAGACCUGCACAGCCAGUUUUUGUUGCCUGGAUACUCCUGGCAAGACUGUUUUGACGACAAAUGUCAUCUUGUUUGCAAAGGAAACCUUUGUUUGAGAGAGCAAAUAUCAGGGUUCUUGUCUGAUGAGCAAAUUACUUCUUAAAGUUGCUAGAUAAAUGUUUCAACUGUCCAGGGAACAAAUAUACAGGUGCACCUUAUGAAAUCACAAUAUCUUGUCGACUUUGAAAAACUCAAGUUCACUUUAAAGCAUAAACUUGCAGUGGACGUUUGUGGUCUUUUGUCAGACGUACACAUUUUGGAAAAAAGUAAUAGUAAAUUAAACAAGUAAACAAUUUCCCUUGUGGAUCGUUAAAACUUUGUCUAGUCUAAGUCUAAACCCUAUUGUGCAUUUCCACAAAUGUCCACCACAGAGGACAUCGUACAUGCAUUGCACAUGGAGUGAAAUAUUUCAAAAAGGUAUUUCUCAACUGUUUUGAUAUAAUAUGCUUUAUAUUAUAUCAAAACAAUGAACAAAUAAUUGGCUAUCAUAAAAAUUGUCAUUGCAAAGCCUUCUUGAGCGUUUAGUUAUUGCGUAGUCUUGGAAUUGUUUCAAGGAUAUUGUGAUGUACUAUGAUGCGCCUGUAUGUAAUAUGAAGAAGUUGUCCUCUGCUGUAGGUUAUUUUUACUACAUAAACACUAACCGCACAUUCUGGAACAGCUUUUUACUUUCUGACUGCAGAGGGAAUACUUUGCUGCUUAUUUUGCAGGCAUUGUGGACUUCAGACCACAAAGACCCUCUCAUCUCGUUAUGCUCGCGACAAAGUGUCUCUUUCUGUCCAUAGUUAUGUACUUUUUUUUUCCCCCCAGACUCCGGCCUCUGUAGUUCGGCUACAGUCACUUAUGAAGUAUAUUUUUGCGUUCGCAGGGUUUUACAAUCUUGUGAUUUUUUUUUUUUUUAAGACUCCGGUUCUCUGUAGCUCAUCUACAGUUACUAUGAAGUAUCUGCUGGUGCAUACCCAUCUACUGUACUAUACGUUAAUACUAUCUAACAUGUGUUAUGUACAUAAUAAUGUAUUCAGCUCGUGUUGAAUGUGUGUCAAUCAUUAAAGCGCAUCAUGUGA